AUGACAUCAGAGACAAGCUCGCACGAGCUGAUGGAAAAGGAUGAGGUAACGCCACCUCACACCGGAGACGCAUCAACUAUUGGUGAUUAUCCUAUGGCAUUCAUCGACCAAGUCGAUGUCAAGACCCUCACUAGAAUAGCCACUCAACGAUCACGCCGACAAUCGACCCUUGGAACCACAGAUAACUUAACAGUCCUCGCUCAACAAGAUCCAUCUCUCGACCCCCAAUCCGGAAAUUUUGACUUGCAUAAAUGGCUCAAAGCGGCUUUCAACGAUCUCAACCGAGAUGGCCGCUCAGGACACACGUCGGAUGUCAUUUUUAAGCAACUCAAUGUAUAUGGAUCGGGCGCUGCGCUGCAGUUCCAAGAUACGGUCACUUCUAUCCUGACUACCCCCUUUAGAGUGCCUCAAAUCAUUCGUGAAUCACACUCCCCCCAAAGACGAAUUCUCAAAGAUUUCAACGGCCUUUUGAGAAGUGGCGAGCUGUUGCUUGUGCUUGGUCGCCCAGGUGCCGGCUGUAGUACACUGCUGAAGUCAAUGACUGGAGAGCUGCACGGUUUGAAACUGGACAAGGAGAGUGUCAUCCAUUACAAUGGAAUACCCCAACCUCGCAUGAUGAAAGAGUUCAAGGGCGAACUUGUAUACAACCAAGAGGUUGACCGACACUUCCCUCAUUUGACCGUUGGCCAGACUCUGGAGUUUGCAGCUGCAACACGAACUCCCGCUCAUCGGUUCCAAGGCAUGUCGCGCGCAGAAUAUGCCAAAUAUCUGGCUCAGAUCAUCAUGGCUGUCUUUGGACUGAGUCAUACAUACAACACGCGAGUCGGAGACGAUUUCAUCCGAGGGGUUUCGGGUGGUGAGCGGAAGCGUGUCAGUAUUGCAGAGAUGGCCCUAGCCCAUGCCCCAAUCGCUGCCUGGGACAACUCUACUCGAGGGUUGGACUCCGCCACGGCAUUGAAGUUUGUCGAGGCUUUGCGGCUGUCAUCUGAUAUCACUGGCUCGUGUCAUGCGGUCGCUAUCUACCAGGCCAGUCAAAGCAUUUACGAUGUAUUUGACAAGGUGAUUGUACUUUACGAAGGCCAUCAAAUCUUCUUCGGACCUGCUGCCGCAGCUAAGUCGUACUUUGAGAAUCAAGGAUGGGAUUGUCCGACUCGACAGACUACUGGAGAUUUCCUCACCUCUAUUACAAAUCCUCAGGAGCGGACAGCGAAGCCCGGCAUGGAAAAUCGUGUUCCCCGUACGCCUGAGGACUUUGAGGCUGCAUGGCUCAAGUCCCCUGAGUAUAAGCAAUUGCUGAAUGAAACGGCUGAAUAUGAAGGGCAAAAUCCCGUUGGAUAUGAUGUGCAAGCCGUCGCUGAUCUCCAGCAGUGGAAGCGUGGCGCCCAGGCCAAACACACCCGGCCCAAGUCCCCGUAUAUCAUCAGUGUCCCUAUGCAAAUUAAACUCAACACUGUUCGCGCCUAUCAACGACUCUGGAACAAUGCCGCCGCAACUAUCUCUACGGUGGUCACUAAUAUUAUCAUGGCUCUGAUCGUCGGAUCUGUCUUCUAUGGAACUCCGGAUGCAACUGCAGGCUUUACGUCCAAGGGCGCAACUCUUUUCUUUGCUGUCCUUCUCAAUGCCCUCACGGCAAUGUCCGAAAUCAACAGUCUAUACUCGCAACGUCCAAUUGUCGAAAAACAUAACUCCUUUGCCUUUUACCAUCCUGCCACGGAAGCCAUUGCUGGUGUGCUAAGUGAUGUACCGGUGAAGUUUGCAAUGGCUGUCGUAUUCAACAUCAUCCUAUACUUCCUGGCCGGUCUGAAAAGAGAAGCAUCUAACUUUUUCCUCUACUUCCUCAUCACAUUCAUUAUCACGUUCGUCAUGAGUGCAGUCUUCCGCACAUUAGCCGCUGUCACCAAAACUAUCUCACAGGCAAUGGGCCUGGCAGGUGUCAUGAUUCUGAUUCUUGUUGUUUACACCGGUUUUGUCCUCCCUGUGCCAUCUAUGCAUCCGUGGUUCAAGUGGCUUCAUUAUCUCAAUCCGAUAUACUACGCCUUCGAGAUACUGAUUGCCAACGAGUUCCAUGCUCGCGAGUUCCCUUGCUCUUCCUUUGUUCCCUCCUAUGCCGACCUAUCAGGUAAAGCAUUCAGUUGCACUGCGGCUGGUUCGACGGCGGGCUCUACAACUGUCAAUGGUGACCGGUACAUUGAACUGAACUACACCUAUAGCUACUCUCACGUCUGGCGAAACUUUGGCAUUCUGAUAGCGUUCUUGAUCGGUUUCAUGCUCAUCUACUUUGCCGCAACCGAGAUCAACUCCGCUACUACUAGCACUGCCGAAGCUUUGGUCUUCCGUCGCGGUCAUGAGCCUGCUAGAUUCCGCAAAGGCAAUAGGUCUGGGUCCGAUGUUGAAAGCACCGAGCCAUCUAAGUCUCAGCCUACUGCGGACACAGACGAUAAGGGGAUGGGUGCUAUGCAGGCUCAGACCGAUACCUUCACUUGGCGCAAUGUUUGCUAUGAUAUUGAGAUUAAGGGGGAGCCACGUCGUCUGUUGGAUAACGUUUCCGGAUGGGUCAAGCCUGGAACCCUUACAGCACUGAUGGGUGUUAGUGGCGCUGGAAAGACGACUUUGCUAGAUGUUUUGGCACACCGCACAUCGAUGGGUGUUAUCACUGGUGAUAUGUUUGUCAAUGGCCAUGAAUUGGAUCAGAGUUUCCAGCGAAAGACAGGAUAUGUUCAGCAGCAAGAUCUUCACCUCGAUACGUCUACUGUGCGUGAGUCACUACGAUUCAGUGCUAUGCUGCGUCAGCCAGCCUCCGUCUCGGUUAAGGAAAAGUACGACUAUGUCGAGGAUGUGAUCAAAAUGUUGAAAAUGGAGGAGUUUGCGGAAGCCAUUGUUGGUGUUCCUGGUGAGGGUCUGAACGUCGAGCAGCGCAAGCUGUUGACUAUCGGUGUCGAAUUGGCGGCCAAACCCAAUGGUCUCGACUCUCAAAGCUCCUGGGCUAUUUGCUCAUUCCUUCGCAAGCUUGCUGAGCACGGCCAAGCAGUUCUUUGCACGAUCCAUCAACCCAGCGCCAUGCUCUUCCAACAAUUCGAUCAGCUAUUGUUCCUCGCUCGAGGCGGUAAGACUGUGUACUUUGGGCCAGUUGGAGAGAAUUCUAGCACAAUGCUCAAGUACUUCGAAUCAAACGGUGCGCGUAAGUGUGACGAUAGGGAGAACCCAGCUGAGUACAUGCUGGGAAUUGUCAAUGCUGGUAAAAAUGACAAGGGCCAGGACUGGUUCGAUGUGUGGAAGCAGAGCAACGAAAGCAGGCAGGUCCAGACUGAGCUCGAUCGAAUUCACAAAGAAAAGGGAAAUGAGUCCUCUGCCGUUGGUGACUCAUCCCAAGGUCACUCUGAAUUUGCCAUGCCAUUCUGGUUCCAAAUAAACCAGGUCAUGUACCGCGUGUUCCAGCAAUACUGGCGCAUGCCAUCCUACAUUCUGGCGAAAUGGGGGCUUGGAGUUGUCUCUGGUCUAUUCAUUGGUUUCUCUUUCUACGGUGCCAAAACGUCACUGCAGGGUAUGCAGACUGUUAUUUACUCUCUCUUCAUGAUUUGUACAAUCUUCUCGUCAUUGGCGCAACAGAUCAUGCCCGUCUUCGUCAGCCAGCGAUCGCUCUACGAGGGCCGUGAACGCCCCAGCAAAUCCUACUCCUGGAAAGCUUUCCUUAUUGCAAACAUCGUUGUAGAGAUCCCCUUCAUGGUCGUUAUGGGUGUUUUGACCUACGCCUCCUACUUCUAUGCUGUCGUUGGAAUCCCUGACUCGCUGACCCAGGGCACUGUGCUCCUGUUCUGCAUUGUCUUCUUCAUCUAUGCCAGCACCUUCACACACAUGGUCAUUGCUGGCCUCCCAGAUGAAACAACUGCCAGUGCAGUAGUCGUUCUUCUGUUCGCGAUGUCUCUCAUGUUCUGUGGUGUGAUGCAGACCCCAUCUGCUCUUCCCGGCUUCUGGAUCUUCAUGUACCGUGUCUCACCUUUCACAUACUGGGUCGGUGGCAUGGCUAGCACACAGCUGCACAAUCGCCAGGUUGUAUGUUCAACCUCCGAACUAGCCAUCUUCGAUCCACCCUCUGGUCAGACUUGCGGACAGUAUCUCAUGAAAUAUGUCACUGCCGCUGGUGGUCAGUUGCUCAACCCCGAGGCUACGAGUGAUUGCAGUUACUGCUCUCUCAAAGUUGCAGAUCAGUACCUCAGCACGGCCGGUAUCUUCUAUUCUGAAAGGUGGCGCAACUUCGGCAUCAUGUGGGCUUUCAUCGCUUUCAAUGUUUUCAUAGCUACAAUCAUGUACUAUCUCAUCCGUGUGAAGCGGUGGAGCAGUGCAGAUAUGAAGGAAUCAGUGAUGAAGCUCAUUCCUGGGAAGAAAUCAAAGGGUGAUAACUAA